AUGGUUCACACCCGUGGACAAGGCGCCCGACCUGAGGGCUUUUCGGAAUACCAACCGCCUAAACGUGAGCGAAAGAUGGCCCAUUCCCACGUUGCUGCUCGCACCUCCCCAGUGCACGCAACUUUUGUUUCCCGCUACAAAGACGCAUCAACCCAGACAGAGGACGUAUAUCUAACCACUCAAAUAGAACACCCGGGUUCAAAGCGACGCCGAGAAGACGAUGACUCCGAAAAUUCCUCCAAAAGACAGCGACAAGCUGUCACCCCAGAACAACCACGUCGAGGAAAUACUUUCAUGUUCUCCGCUACGCGAAACCGAAGCCUACUUACCUCCGCACCACCCAAGAUCCCUUCUCGACGCGAUUCCCCCUAUGGUAGAAAAGCCAUCACACCUGUCGAACGAACGAACACUCCACCCAAAACUUCAGAAAAUCGGGACGAGAGCGAUGAAAGGGCAAAGGAGCCGGAAACACCUAACCCAGCUCCAGCGAGAGCGGGUGGUCUUUUUGGAAGUGUGAGGAAGAUCUUUGGAUAUCUGACUGGCGGGCCCAGUGAGACAGGACAGGCAGGACAAACGCGACAGUCGGGCAGUGAAGCAGAAAACGUGUCACCUAAACAAACACCACUUGACCAUAACAAUUACGCCUCCGACAUGACUUCACCCACACCAAGAACCAACGAUCCUGCUCUUCCCCCUUCAGAGGUCCCCGCGGAUGAUAGCGUGUUUACCAAGGAGAACUGGAAGCGAAGAAGAGCUAUGAGUACUCGAGCUGGCCGAGAAGCUCUGGCGGCUUUGAGAGACACCAAUACUGAGACUGAAAUGGCGCAAUUCAAUCCCACCGAAACCCCGGGCACGAACAAACGCAAGCUUGCUUCAUUCAAUGGAGAAAUUCCACCUCCUACGCGAGGUGGUUUCGGCAUCGACGAGAAUUACCUAGACGUUGACAAUGAGGUUGAUGGUUUGGAAGAGUCGCGAUUCGCAAAUGACGAUCCUUCCACACCAGCAAACAAAACUGCACCACAGACUCCCUUGCGCUCCGCUUUGAGAGCGAAUGGUUACGCUACUUUGGGACGAUCUGGAAAGUCAGUACGCAUCAACCCACAGACCUCGGUGAAACAUGUCUAUGGCACAUAUGGUCGCUCUGGAAUCUAUCAUGGCAGCAUGUUCUCUGAUCCAUCUGACAGAUCAAAAGUGUCAGAUUCAAGCGCAUCUAGUAUCUCCGCGAGAGAUGUCAGUGCCAUGCAUUCUCCUAGCACCCUCCAGAACACAGUAAACAACAUGACACCCAAAUUUCGACUUGACCACAGCGUCGUCGAUCCGAACGACACCACCUGGCGACCUUCUUUAGCUAAUCCUUCUCCUGGUCAUUUCCGCGUUCCUGAUAUGGACGAAUACGAGGACGAGGAGGAUACUAUUAUUCUGGGCCAGGCGAAUGAUGAAGUGAUCCCUCCUCGACCCAGCACACCACGUAUGUCACAUGCAGAGCUUCCUGGAUCAUCCUCAUCUCUGAUCCCAAGUUCAACCGUGCAAGACGAGAGCUCCGUCAACGACACCACAGAAAGCCGAUUGGAAAAGGCCAGGUCUGAAGCUCAAAAAUACAAGCCGGUACGAUCUUCACGACUCUCGCUCACAGAAAAGGCCCGCUCACGAUCCUCGUCACCUCCUGGAGAAGAUGUUGGAGAGAUUAGCUCUUUUCGUGAGUCGCAGAUUGAGGUUUCAGAUACGCCACCUCUUCGAGCUCGGACUCAUCCUGACACUCCUAACAAUACAACAAUGUCAUCAACAUUGAGCCCGACGCCAAAGACACGUAAAGAGCUUGACAAUACUAAUGUUGGAACGGAUGGGAUGACAGACUACCAAAGAGAACACCAGUACGAUGAAUGGGCCGCCGGCCUCGAUUGGCCCCAAGCACAAACCUACGUCGAAGCCGGGAUUGCAUCUCAAUACAUCGACAACCUCGUCCGAAAGAAUUGGACUGAGCGAGACACCGAGGAGUCGGCCGAAUUUUGGGCUCGAGAGUUUGAUCGAGGAGAAGAGUAUGCCCGACAAGCAGCCGCCGAGGGAAAGGAGCUCGUUUGGAUUACUGAUCCCGAAGAAAUGAUUGAUUGUUAA